AUGGCGAAGGGUAAAAAGAAGGGGCCUGUUGAUGUAUUUGCCACUUUGGGAUCCUCGGGCCGAAUAGAGGUGGCGGGCGAGACUGAAUCGACAGACAUGCGCCCUGCGGAAAUGCUGGACACAGCAUUGGUCAUCACACCUGCCAUCCCACGCGUAGAAGUGAGCCUCAGCAUUCAGUUCCGAUGCACCGUCCCGAUUGUUGAGGGGGACAUGCUUCAGCUGUACCUGCCCGGAUUUCGCGGCAAGGCCUCCCUCUUUACGCCUGAAUUUUCACCCAUACAGGCCACGAAGUCGUUGCGGCAGUUCCGUGGCUACUGGUCCGGUGAAGGGGCGAAAAAAGGGAAAGGCCCUGGGAAGCAGUUGCUGCUGCUCAAAUGCGUUCAUCGUGUAGAGGCACAACAGCUCGUGGCGAUCGUCGUUCCACGCUCCCUGAGACUGAUGUCCCCCGACAAACUGGCACAGAACUCGUCGAAAAUCAAGAUAAGUGGCGUGGUAAAGCAUGCUGAGGGUGGCAGGAUCCUGAAACAGGUAUUCGUGUCUUCCACGGAGGUGAAAAAGAGACAUGUGUUGGAGGAAAUUAAGGAUUACAAGUUACUUAUCUCGGAGUUGGACAAAAUUAGUGGAUUAGAAGACGUUGACGCACAUGUGGCGGAGGAACUUUCCAUGGAGGAGGUGGAUCAUAUAUGGGAAUCCACAUAUGAACGUUGUCCAUACCCUAUUGCGCUUCAGUGGCAUAUUGCCAACUCCGCCUUUCGCGAUUAUGAAUCAUUUGGACCGCUACUGAAGACGAUUGUGGAAGGUGCCAUCCAUUCGGUCAAACGACGACACCAGUUACUGGGUCUCUACCGUGAGAUUGCCACAAACCUGGGUGUAAAAGUAGGUGCGGUUAUUAUAUUUCAGGAUGUACUGAAUAUGCUUUACGGUUCAUUGUAUCCACAUAUCCCCGGUACAGUCCUGUUGGCCGUUCGCCUUUUUACCAUGGAGCCUAUUGACAUUGCCCGUACAUUCUUGAUCAGUGAACCACCCCAGUUUUCGCUGGCACAGGAAAUCUAUAGCAGCUUUCGUACGGGCGAUCCAGAGGGUCUAAAAAAGUGGGCCUUCACUGUGUCAACAUUGCUGCUUAUUGUCGGUACGCAUGCAAACGACCCGGAAUCUUCGGUGGAUACGCCUAUUUUGCCGUUGUACUACGCCAUUAAGGAGGUCCCUCAUGAUGAACUUCAAUACAUACGGGAAAUGCCUCCAAAUGAGUGGUACGUAUUUCCGUUUCUUGCUUUGGUACGUCCUAGAGUUGACUGGACAGAUGAAGAGGCCUUCCCAAUACCGGAUAACGCGGUGUUGUUUGAGAUCCAUAAUGCCGCGGAUGGGUUGGAUGUAAGUGACCUCUCGAUGUACCCUUAUGAUCGGGAGUGGCUUUUGCCUCUCUUCUCAUCCUUCCGCGUCAACCACGUCAAGGUGUAUGAUGACCGAAAUAGUCUUACACAUGUCGUUAUGUAUAUGCAUGGUUGUCUACAUGGUUCAGUGAAAGAACCUAUGAUUCCCGAGGAGGACCGCGCCGUGACGGCCGUGAUGGUGAGGAAACUUCGAACGGAGGCGGAAAAAAUUAUUUAUCGUGCCCACCAAAUUGCCGAGCAUGCAUAUCUGAACGUCACCCUUAAUGAGCGACUUCGGCUCCAUCCACAGACACUCCUUCGGGCACAAUAUGUGGAUCAUUACUUUGAGGUGAAACGCUUUUCGCAGGCCAAAACGACCGUCGAGGAGGGACUUGUCAACUGGCAGGUCUGCACGACACCGGCACAGUUGAUCGAUCCUGUGGAAGGUGUCAUUAAGCAUGCGGUGUGGGAAUUCAUGCCACGUAAGUUUGCCCUUUUGGCAGAGCAGUACUUUCUUAGCAAAACACGCUUCAAGAAGGUGUUUGAAGCCCAAGGCAUUUUGCUGGACUUUGCGGGAUAUGUAUGCGACUACGGCGGGAAGGGACCACGACCGAUGCGGCGACUUUUACGAAAACGUGUCACGCAUGAGGCCCCGUUGCCUGUCUUUGAGGAGUUGCGUUCAUGA